AUGUUUGAAUUUGGUGGAUUUGGUUUAUUCAAUGGAUUUUCAUUCAAUUCCGAACUUAAAACACUCUUGAUCAGUGAGGCAAAUAAUUUAGGCUACCAGUGCAUUCAAUCUCAACCUCCCAAAUUAUUUAUGCAAGAUUCUGGAUUACUUCUAUUAACGAGACAUGAAAUUCUAGAGAGUGAAAAUUACAUUUUCCAAUAUGCAAGUUAUACAGAGUAUAUUGUUGCAAAGGGAAUUCUCUAUGCACUUAUUAAGAAGAAGAAGAAUGAAGAAGGUGAUGCUGAUUAUUUGAUGAUAUUUUCAGUUCAUAUGGAUGCUCAUAAGGAUAGGUCAAGGAGAGAACAAAUUAAGGAAUUGGUUCAAUUUGUGAAUGACAAGAUUGACAAUUUCAGAAAUCAUUACCAGAUUGAUUUUGAAAAUGUUAGAGUUGUAAUUUGUGGAGAUUACAAUAUUGAUUCAUUGCAUUCGAAUGAUAGUUAUGCCUACUUGAAAAAUAGUAUGAGUUCAUUGGGGCUGAAAAAUGUUUUUGGCGAUGAUACAAGUAGACACCCAGUGACCUAUCCAAUUCCAACAUUUAAUAAUUGGUGUUUAGAUCAUGUUUUUAUUUCGAAUAAUUGCAAACAUUCAUUCGACAUAAUCAGAUGGAAGAAUGAGGAUGGAAUUGAAGUUUCAGAUCAUUAUGGAGUACGUACCACCAUUCAUUUCGAAUAA